GUUUAUCUCCAUGUCUCUCUCCCUCUCUCCAUCCCCAGCAAGGCUCUUCAGUCUACUUUGCGCAUGUACAGUCAGCCAAAUAGAGCAUUGCAUCGACUCCAAGAUGGCGAAAACACGUCUGGCUUGGCUCUUGACUCUCCUCUCAACUCAGUGCUACCUGAGCGUGUUGGCAGUCGUGCUGAAGACAAAUAAUGCCUCACCGUGGACAAAUGAGUUUGACAAAGUUGAGCUAUCAUGUGUGAUUGAGUCUAUUUCCACAAUCAAUCCCAGAAUUGAAUGGAAGAAGAUAACAAGCGGGGGGCCAAGCUAUGUCUACUUUGACAAGAAGAUCUAUGGUGACCUUGAGAACAGAGCAGUGAUCAGAGAACCUGCCACGUUACUGAUAACCAACGCCACGAGAUCAGACACAGCCAAGUAUCGAUGUGAGGUCACUGCUGCAGAAGACCAAAAGGCCUUUGAUGAGAUUCUGAUUGACCUGGUUGUAAGAGUGAAGCCAGUUGUGCCAAAGUGCAGCGUCCCGAAAUCAGUGCCUUUGGGGAAGUCGGCUGAGCUGAGCUGUGUGGAGGAGGAGGGCUUCCCCAAGUCUCGGUACCAGUGGUUCAAGAACAUGGAGGAGAUCCCCGAUGACCCAAAGACCAGUGUCAAGUUCUUCAACUCCUCAUACACGCUCAGUACAGAAACAGGAACUCUGAAGUUCAUUUCAGUCAGGAAAGAAGACGCAGGCGAGUACUAUUGUCGAGCGAAGAAUGAUGCAGGGCACACUCAGUGUGGACCCCAGAAGAUGGAAGUGUAUGAUAUUGACAUAGUGGGGAUCAUCCUGGGAGUGCUGGUGGUGGUCGUUGUGCUCUUAUGUAUAACGGUGGGCAUCUGCUGUGCUUACAAACAAGGCUACUUCUCCAGCCAACAGCAGACGGGGAACAAUUACAAAGUUCCAGCUAAAGGAGAUGGAGUGGACUACGUCAGGACGGAGGAUGAGGGGGAUUUCCGACACAAGUCAUCGUUUGUGAUCUGAAAAAGACGACGGGGGCUGUUGUGCUGAGUGAAAGCUGUGACACACGGGUCUGCCCUCCACACUGUCCGACCACGGAGCUGCCGCAGUUCGUGCACCGAGCUCUCAGCAUGCCUGAAAUCCAAUUACACAAGCUUGCCAAAUGUGGUGGGAUUUCAUAUGACAAUAAUGUGUAAAAAAAAAAAAAUAGUAUGCGCAUAGGGACUGAGAUUCAUUUAACUUUAUUAUCUUCAACCGAGUUCUUUUGCUAAAUUCUGGCGUUCUUCAGUUACAGUGAUUGCAUGGUUUUAAACUCUAAAGCAGGCGGCGAGCAGGAGUCACGUGUUUGUUGUGUCCAGUAGAACAGUCAGUCUAUCAUGACAGCUCUGUCUGCUGGCAGCAUUCAGUUUCAAACCUUUUGUCAUUUCUAUAACAUUUCUUUUCUACUGUUAAAAUUUGUCAGACUAUUUUUGAUGGAAUAUAUUUUAAAAUGCCUAUAUAUAAAGGUUUACUUUUUUAAGUAUUUGUAAAUGACUAACAUGUUUUGGUUUUUUUUGUUUUUGGGGGUGGGAUUAAAAGAGAUGAUGUAACACAAACCCCUUUGCAUAAAGUUGUAAGCAUUUACACCUUUGCAGAUGAAAGAAACAAGUGAAAAUUGGCUCGUAGUAGCAUAUCGGCGGUCUUACAUAUUGAAUUUGUCGGCUGGGAUUGUCCAGCUUGUGUCAUGACAGACUUCCAUGUUGAUGUUUGUAGAUAGUCUUAGUAAGAUGCUUUGAAGAGUGCCAGUCAAAUGCUGUGAAACACUGUACACGAUCAGUGCUGCGUUUUCUUGAUUUUAAGUGUCCUUCUCUGCUCGCUGUUAAUCUUGUAUAUAUUGAAGUUGCUGUCGAGUUUAGCUGUCAUACAUAUGUAGAUUUCUUCACUAUAUUAAUCAUAGUAAUAUUAAUACAGGGUUUGUAUGUUAACCUUCCAGACCCCGAAAGAAGAUGGACAAGAAUGAUUGUGGACUGUUGACAAAGUAAAUGGUAUUUAAAAGAGUUUCUGCUGAUAAUCAAGACAAAGCUGUUAGCGGGUUAUUUAAACUACUGAAUCUUCAGCUGGUACUGAAAGUCCCAACAACAUGAGGUAGACCACAUGCUGGAACAGCGUUUUUUUACAGAGUUAACUUCUACACAUGGCACAGCUGCUUUGUGUUCCAGCUGUGUGACACAGCCACCGGAGCCAGUGGCUUACUCACAACUGUGUGUUUGAUUUCACCAGAUGUGCAAAAGCACAUUUUAGAAGAGUCCCAGGAGCAACUCUGCGCUUAUCAGUCACUCAGCAUGGUGAUUUAGUAUUCAGAAUAAAAGACCCUGUUCAGGCUCAAAGCGCUGCGUCUCAGACCUUUCAGCAAGAUUUGAAGCCGGGUGGAGAACAGAGCGAAACACAUGACACGACGACAGACCUGCAUCUGGUUUAUUCCUGGGUUUAGCGACUGGAUGUUUUAAUUGGAGAGAAAAAUAAAUCUUUCAGGUUUCAGUUGAAGCCUUUUGGUUUUCUGAGCAAAGCUGAUGGUGAACAGAACUGAGCUGACAGCAGUGUUACAGUGAGAUUCGGCUGUCGGGGGUCUGGAGGGUUAACGCUUGUACUAAUUGUAAAUAGCUAUUUGGUGUUUUUUGUUUGUUUUGUUUUUUUCUCUUUCGCAAGAUCAUGUAAAGUGAAAAAAUGUUUUCAAAACUCCCGUUUGAGGCGAUAUGAAACUCUUUCCAUUUGUAGGACUGAAAGAAGGGUAACAUUUUAUCAGAUCAUUCAGAACACGUGAGCAAGAGCUUCUUGAGGCAGUUUUUUAAAAGCAUUGAGAACAAACAGUUCUCUCCCUCAGUGUUCGCUCUCUAACCAGACUUUUAAAGGCUGUAACCUUCAUGCAGAUAAGAAGAAUCUCUUGUUCAGCUGUGCUCGAGGUUUUCAACAGAGGAAAUGCGGUCAAAUGUUAACCAAUUAUCAGUUGUGGUAGAGACGAUCUGCCGGUCAUUUGCACAUCAACACUGAAUCUAACGUGUUCCACUGUGGAAGUGUACUAUUAGCCCAAAUAAGGUCACAAAUGAGUCCUGCUGCAGUUGCACAGUGUGGUGAGAAUCAGACAUUUCACCUCGUCAUUUGUGCAUAGUUCAUUCCUCUUAAGUGCCUUCAGGCUUCAGACUAGUGCGGUUUCACGUGCACGGUCCCACCUCUAGCUUCUGCCGUGCAGUCACGGCUUCGUGUUUUUCCUUUUCUUUAACCACAAGCGCGGCGUUUGAGAGGAAUGAUGACACCAAAAGUCUCCACUCCCCUACAUAUCUGCAAAUUUGUAAAUAGCUUUUUACAUAGAUUUGGAGCUGUAGACGCGUUGAAGUGAAAAAUAAUAGUGCCUCUAUAUUGUGGGAAUUAUUUUUAGUAAAGACAUGUAGCACUAUUAGAAAAAAACAGAUUGAAACCCACAGCAGGGCGGUUUCUGUGAGCUCUGGUUUAUAAUGUCUUUAUCCGGGUUUUCUAACACUGAUUGGUAUUUCAAAAUAAAAUCCCUAAAGAAAA